CCUCCCUUUGCAUGUGUUCAGCUGCUCCAGCUGUCGGUCUCCCCACUCACUCUCUCAGGGUCAUACAGGCAGGAGUUUAAGGGACCACUUCUGUACGCCAACUCAGCCGGGACGACCACAGCCAGCAGACGGACACACCGGUCAGCGGAAGAAGAUCCAUCCAGAAAAAUCCUCUAUACCACCUCCUGGCUGCCUGUCUCAUCUUAAAGCAGCUCUACUUGUCUGUCUGCAGAGUGUGUGUGUGUGUUUGUGUGCAUGUUUUAGGUGUGUUCCCGUCCCUUCUCCUGCAAAUUAGUGCAUUAGUAUGCAGGGUGCUUGUGUGUCAAUCUUGUGCGUGUGCAUAUGUGUGUCUGUGCUCCUCCGCAGUGCUAUUUCACAGCCGCCUACAGAAAGUGACACCUACACGGAAUGCACAGAUGGGUAUCACUGGGACCAUCAGACUGAACACUGCAAAGACAUAAAUGAGUGUGAGACCAUUCCAGAUGCCUGCAAAGGGGAGAUGAAGUGCUUCAACCACUACGGAGGGUACCUGUGCCUCCCCCGCUCCGCGUCAGUCAUCCCAGCCCCAGAACCCGCCAUCACGCCCACUGAGACCAACCCCUGCCCACUGGGCUAUGAGGCGCAGGGAGACAGCUGUGAGGAUAUCAAUGAGUGUGAGCGAGACGAACAUGACUGCCAGCCCAGCCAGCAGUGUAUCAACACCCUGGGUGCCUUCACCUGUCAGUGCCCCGAUGGUUACCGCAAGGUUGGCACAGAGUGCAUUGACAUCGAUGAGUGCAGGUACAGGUACUGCCAACAUCGCUGUGUCAAUGUCCCCGGCUCCUUCUCCUGUCAGUGUGAACCUGGUUUCCAGCUGGCAGGAAACAACCGAUCCUGCAUUGAUGUCAAUGAAUGUGAGAUGGGUGCCCCCUGCUCCCAGAGGUGUUACAACACGUACGGCACCUUCCUCUGUCGCUGUGACCAGGGCUACGAGCUGGGGCCUGAUGGCUUUGCUUGUAACGACAUCGACGAGUGCAGCUACUCCAGUUACCUGUGCCAGUACCAGUGUGUCAACGAACCUGGGAAGUUCUCCUGUAUGUGCCCAGAGGGAUACCAGCUGCAGGGCACCAGACUAUGCCAGGAUAUAAACGAAUGUGAGACGGGUGAACAUCAGUGCACCGACACACAGACCUGCGUGAACAUCCACGGACGAUACCAGUGUGUGGACACAAACCGCUGCCAAGACCCUUAUGUGCAGGUGUCUGAGAACCGCUGUGUGUGUCCCGUCAGCAAGCCCGUCUGUCGAGAUCUGCCUUUCUCCAUCGUCCACCGCUACAUGAGCAUCACCUCCGAGCGCUCCGUCCCCUCUGACAUCUUCCAGAUUCAGGCCACCAGCGUCUCUCCGGGGGCGUACAACACCUUCCGCAUCCGCUCUGGAGAUGAAAACGGAGACUUCUACAUCAGGAGGGAAGAGCUGACGUCGAGGAAGAGUCACCGAAAGGAGAGGGCACGGGAGAGGGAGGGGGAGAGUUUCACCAUUGCUAACACUGAUAUGAGACAUAUCUAUCCCCCUCGGCCCCCACCUUCUCCUCCACCCCCCUCCCUCCCUUUUACGUCGGUGUCGGUGCGUUGGGAGCCCCCCUACUCCGGCGGAGUCCCAGGCUAUAUAAGUGACCGGCGAGCAGAGUCCCUCAACCAGAUUUACGGUUCAGGACUUCUGUGCGAGAGACGGCUACUACAGCCGCCGAUUCACCUGCACUUCGAGCGGGGGGACAGACAUCCAGCAGCCGGCCAGCAUCCGAGCUGGACGCUGUGGAGGAGCUAA